AUGGCUGCUGUAACCCGAUACUCCGGGAAAGUGGUGGUGGUGACUGGGGGUGGUCGUGGCAUCGGAGCUGGGAUCGUGAGAGCCUUUGUGCACAGUGGGGCUCAAGUGGUUUUCUGUGACAAGGAUGCGGCCAGGGGCCGGGCUCUGGAGCAGGAACUCGUGGGCACUGUCUUCGUCCCCUGUGACGUGACUCAGGAAGGAGACUUGCAGACUCUGAUUUCUGAGACCCUCUCUCGAUUUGGCCGCUUGGAUUGUGUGGUGAAUAAUGCCGGCUACCACCCACCCGCGCAGUGGCCUGAGGAGACUUCUGCCCAGGACUUUCGCCAGCUGCUGGAACUGAACCUACUGGGGACGUACACGUUGACCAAGCUUGCCCUCCCCCACCUGCGGAAAUGCAGAGGCAACAUCAUCAACAUCUCCAGCCUGGUUGGGACCAUCGGCCAGUCUCAGGCAGUUACCUACGUGGCCACCAAGCAGCCGUCAGUUACAACAGUCUUCAUUAAGGGGUGUGGCCUCAUCAGCCCCUCCCUGUCACCCUGGAAUGAUAACUGCUUCACCUUGUGCGAGUCUCCUGCGGGAAACCCUAGCUGA